UGCAGUGUUAAAAAAAAACAAAAAACCCUCAGACUGUAGUUGUUCAUUGUACACUGUAGGUGUUUUCAUGUGCACGUGUGAAGGACAGACUUGUGUGUGUGCUCAUGUUGGCUGUGGUGUAAUGCGAAAGCCAAUAGUCCAUUAAUACACACACAUUUUGUCUCCACUCAACAGGACCACAGCAAGGCACCACGAGAGAGGAACCUGUCUUCAGCAAAUGAGGAGAAGACGAGGAUUACACACCGGACGAAAGUGCACUGAUCACAAGGUCACAUUUGAGUAAGAGCCAUGAGGAAGUGCAGCCUUUGGACAUUUCUUCCUGUUAUGUUUUCAUUCUUCACAGCAGCAGGCUUAUGGGUUGUCUAUUUUAUAGCAGUGGAGGAUGACAAAAUCACACCACUAAGCUCUGAAUAUAAGAGAUCAGUUUCAAAGUCUCCUCCAUAUAUAAGCAUUGCAGGUGAUGCUCCACCUGCCAGCUGUGUUUUUAGCCAAGUCAUGAACAUGGCAGCCUUUGUGGGCUUCAUCCUCGGGGUCCUCAGAUACUUGCAACUGAAGCCAAGAGUGCGCAAACCCUGGCUCAACAUCAUCAGUUUGGUAGCUCUGUCCCUGGCCUGCUUUGGUAUGACCUUGGUUGGGAACUUCCAGCUGUCAAAUGACGAGGAGCUCCACAAUAUUGGCACAUCCAUGACCUUUGGCCUAGGCACACUGUUUUGUUGGGUCCAGUCAUUCAUGACUCUGAAGGUCAACUUGAGGAACGAAGGCAAACAAGCUGGCAUACCCCGCUUUGUUUUGUCUGGAGCAGUCACUUUCUGCAUGCUGCUUUAUUUUGCGCUAAUGGCCCAGCGUCUGCACAUGCAUGCCGCACGGGCACAGUGGGCACUGGUCAUGUUCUUCUUGGUAUUCCUGGGCACAUUUGCUAUCGAGUUCCGUCACUAUCACUUCGAGAUUGUGUGCACUGAUGACCAGGAGCCUCCAAUGAGCCUGUCAGAGAGCUUCUCUGAGGUUUCAGAGUACCAAUCAGACCAGCUAUAGGACUCUACAGCAGAAUUACUACAACUUCCAUUGUUUAUUAUCUUCAAUAAUAAUGCAUGUCUGUUGAAUGUAAUCUCUAUGGAGUGAUCUGUGAAGGAGUAGGUUUCUUUCUCAUAGGUAGAUUACAACACCAAAAAAAAGAGAAGCGUAAACAGACGUCACGUCUGAGCAAGAGCAAGUUUUUGUAUUGCAGAUGCCAUUAAGUGUUUUACAUGGAAAAUGCUUGUAUAGAUACUGUAGGUACAUAUUAUUAGAUAUGUGACUAGACAACAUUUGUAUUACUUGGAAAGGACACUAGAUCAACUAAAAGAGCAUAAGUACUGUAUAAAUGGAAAAGUAGGCCCAUGUCUGUAACUUAUGUAUACAGUUUUAAACAGUAGUUCUUUGCACAUUUUAUAUCAAGAUCAAAAUAAAAAAAGUAAUAAAUGAAA